AUGUUGUCCAUGCUUCAGAACCCCCGGCAGGCCGCCGCGCAGGUCUUGAAUUUCGCCCUGAUCCUGUCGUCAGCUUUCAUGAUGUGGAAAGGUCUCUCUGUCAUUUCCGACUCGCCGUCCCCGAUCGUCGUCGUUCUGUCCGGAUCUAUGGAGCCCGCCUUCCAGCGAGGAGAUCUGCUGUUCCUGUGGAAUCGCAAUCUGUUGCAAGAUACCUCUGUCGGAGAGGUCGUCGUAUACAAUGUGAAGGAUAAGGACAUUCCCAUUGUCCACCGGGUCGUCAGGAAGUACGGAGAGGGCGAGGACGCAAAGCUUCUCACCAAGGGCGACAACAAUCCUUCCGACGAUACUGAGUUAUACGCUCGAGGCCAGGAUUACUUGGUUCGCAAGGAUAUCAUUGGUAGUGUUGUUGGCUAUAUUCCUUUUGUCGGAUACGUCACAAUUCUCCUGUCAGAGCACCCAUGGCUAAAGACGGUGAUGCUGGGCGUGAUGGGCUUGUUUGCCAUUCUGCAGAGAGAGUAA